AUGUUAUCCCAUAUUGUAGCGGUGGGGCAGGUGGGCUAGCUAUUUAUGAGCGCAAAGCACACUGGGAGGGACACUGGGGACAGAUGGUUUUGGCAUCAUUUCACAGGUACCUCCCCAUGCAUUCAUGCAUUGGCCUCUCAAUGUUUUCAUAGUCAUAUCGGCAUUUCAUAUUACUUAGGCAACAACGUUGUAUAGCCAAUUUGUAUAGCUUUUAUGAUAGAUAGCCAAACACAUAUGAUAUUAUAAAAUGUAUUUACAUUUCCUUGCUUCAUAUUCUUUUCAGUUUAAUUUCCAAGGCAAUUGGGUUUGGAUCAUAUUUAUUUCCAACUGGAGGAACAUAUCCAAUUGUAAUGGCAGGUAAGCUAUAAUUGAAUUUAAUUCUCUCAUUCAUACAAGGAUAUCAUCAUAGUGGAGAUGUUUUGUUAGUGUGACUUCUGUGUGUAUUGAAUCUUGAAUUAUGACACUCUUUUUUGAAAUAUAUAGUUAUUAGUAGUUGUUAAUAAGCACGUUAUCGUAUCAUUGUAGUAUGAGUGCACAUUGCUCAACAGUAUGCUUUUAUCAAUCAAGUGCAAAUGUUGUCUUGAUCAGGUUCAACGAUUUGUACUUCAACCCGAAUAUAUUGUCUCCAUUCAAGAAUCUGACUAUUAAGGGAGUUACCAGUAAUUGCUGAACAUCAACGUGAUGGUCCUCUGUAGCUCAAUUGGUAGAGCACGGCGCUUGUAACGCCAGGGUAGUGGGUUCGAUCCCCGGGACCACCCCAUACGUAAAAAUGUAUGCACGCAUGACUGUAAGUCGCUUUGGAUAAAAGCGUCUGCUAAAUGGAAUAUUAUUAUUAUAUUAUAGCUUUUGUCCUUUUUUUUUUUAUUCCCACAGAAAACAAUUUCCCUCCCCUGCCUCGCUUCAUCCCUCUGAGGCCGUGUUUCUAUCAGGACUUCAACGAGAUCCCGGAUGUACAUCGCUCCAUGUGCAAGAAGCUGUACUACCUAUGGAUCUGUGAGUGUGGCCGAUCUCGAACGGCACCCUAUUCCCUAUAUAGUGCACUACUUUUGACCAGGGCACAUAGGGUUCUGGUCCAAACUAAGUAGUGCACUAUGUAGGGAAUAGGGUGACAUCUGGAAGACACCCUGUGAUUAGAGACUGAGGCAUCUGGGGCUGGUUUCCCAGAUAUAGAUAUAUAGCAAGCCUAGUUCUUAUAGACCAUUUUCCAUUGAGAAUGCUUUUAGGUCCUGAACUUGGCUGAAUUUGGGCCUGGGAAACCAGUAUGAAUUGUUCAUAAGGUACUCUUUAUAUUUAAAUACCAGUACUCAUCAUGUAUUAGAGUAUUAAUAUUCUAAAAGAGGUGUCAGUAGAAUAUUAGAGGUGCUGGUGCUCCGUACCGUGCAGCACUGGUUCACUCUAACAAAUCCCUUUACAUACUGUAUUUAAUGUGUAGAUCGCUUAAGUGACGACAUACCGGUAAACUGUUAAGUGUCAUCUGCUACUGUUUGGCCUUUCUUUUUAACGUCACCUGUGUGUGUUUUUACCCCAAAAUAAUAUGGGAAACAAUCACUGGAAUAGCAGGAAGGCUGGUAUAGCUGGUUUGCGACAUUUAGGCAUCCAUCCAAUAAUUUUUUUCCAUCACAAAUAACUUCCGCUAGUUUAAAGCAUCCCAUCUUUAUAUCAUUGGCCUGACAACAAGAACUGAAAAUGAAGCUAAUAGAUCAAUGGUAAACUUUAUAUAUGGAUGAUUGUAUACCUUUCAUUCUAAUUUUCAUUUCACUCAGGCUGGGGAAUAUAAAAGUAAGUCCUGUGAAAUAUAUGUUAGAAAUAGGUAAUCAUUAGUUUGUGCCUCUUAGCCUAGUAGUCAUUGUAUUGUGUGUUGAAUAGAUGACUGAUUGCUUUAGUUUUAGGAUGUCCCAAAUUAUAGCCAAUAUUCUUUAUAGUGCACUACUGUUCUUUAAGACACAGACCAUAACUUGGUCAUAGAGAUCUUUCCUUUAUAUCUCAGAUUCUAAACCAUAAAGCUACCUUUACUGUCCCUGCAGACUCCUAUACAUAAAGCUACCUUUACUAUCUCUACAGACUCCCAUACAUAAAGCUACCGUUACUGUCUCUGCAGACUCCCAUACAUAAAGCUACCUUUACUGUCUCUGCAGACUCCCAUACAUAAAGCUACCGUUACUGUCUCUGCAGACUCCCAUACAUAAAGCUACCUUUACUGUCUCUGCAGACUCCCAUACAUAAAGCUACCGUUACUGUCCCUGCAGACUCCCAUACAUAAAGCUACCGUUACUGUCUCUACAGACUCCCAUACAUAAAGCUACCUUUACUGUCUCUGCAGACUCCCAUACAUAAAGCUACCGUUACUGUCUCUACAGACUCCCAUACAUAAAGCUACCUUUACUGUCUCUGCAGACUCCCAUACAUAAAGCUACCGUUACUGUCUCUACAGUCUCCCAUACAUAAAGCUACCGUUACUGUCUCUGCAGACUCCUAUACAUAAAGCUACCGUUACUGUCUCUGCAAACUCCUAUACAUAAAGCUACCGUUACUGUCUCUGCAACCUCCCAUACAUAAAGCUACCAUUACUGUCUCUGCAAACUCCUAUACAUAAAGCUACCGUUACUGUCUCUGCAGACUCCCAUACAUAAAGCUACCUUUACUGUCUCUGCAGACUCCUAUACAUAAAGCUACCGUUACUGUCUCUGCAGACUCCUAUACAUAAAGCUACCGUUACUGUCUCUGCAAACUCCCAUACAUAAAGCUACCUUUACUGUCUCUACAGACUCCUAUACAUAAAGCUACCGUUACUGUCUCUGCAGACUCCCAUACAUAAAGCUACCUUUACUGUCUCUGCAAACUCCUAUACAUAAAGCUACCGUUACUGUCUCUGCAGACUCCCAUACAUAAAGCUACCUUUACUGUCUCUGCAGACUCCCAUACAUAAAGCUACCGUUACUGUCUCUGCAGACUCCCAUACAUAAAGCUACCUUUACUGUCUCUGCAGACUCCCAUACAUAAAGCUACCGUUACUGUCUCUACAGACUCCCAUACAUAAAGCUACCUUUACUGUCUCUGCAGACUCCCAUACAUAAAGCUACCGUUACUGUCUCUACAGUCUCCCAUACAUAAAGCUACCUUUACUGUCUCUGCAGACUCCUAUACAUAAAGCUACCGUUACUGUCUCUGCAAACUCCUAUACAUAAAGCUACCGUUACUGUCUCUGCAACCUCCCAUACAUAAAGCUACCAUUACUGUCUCUGCAAACUCCUAUACAUAAAGCUACCGUUACUGUCUCUGCAGACUCCCAUACAUAAAGCUACCUUUACUGUCUCUGCAGACUCCUAUACAUAAAGCUACCGUUACUGUCUCUGCAGACUCCUAUACAUAAAGCUACCGUUACUGUCUCUGCAAACUCCCAUACAUAAAGCUACCUUUACUGUCUCUGCAGACUCCAUACAUAAAGCUACCUUUACUGUCUCUACAGACUCCUAUACAUAAAGCUACCGUUACUGUCUGCAGACUCCCAUACAUAAAGCUACCUUUACUGUCUCUGCAGACUCCCAUACAUAAAGCUACCGUUACUGUCUCUGCAGACUCCCAUACAUAAAGCUACCUUUACUGUCUCUGCAGACUCCCAUACAUAAAGCUACCUUUACUGUCUCUGCAGACUCCUAUACAAAUCUGAAGCAACCAAUUAAACUUUACUUGGCUAGAUGAAUCAUCCAAUAACAGACCGUGUUGUUGUAGAAUGAUUACAUUAGGUUCACGUCCUAGACAAUGUAAUUGUACAAACAUGGAAUGGAAAACAGUAACACAAUGGUCCUGUUUAUUAGACAACAAACCAAAGAAAACUGAAACAGGGAGGGACUACCUGGACGUAUCCAAUAAGACACCCUCAUCUUCGCUUUCCAUUUCCAUUGCAUGCCCUAAUGAACAUGACCAAUGCUGCAGUAGUUCAAAUAAUGCAAGGUCGACCAUUUUAAUAUAGUUAUUUUACCUUUUUUCCACCUGUGAUCGUUACAGUUAACAGUGCCACCUUGGCGGUCAAUCUGAUUGGUUGCCUGGCGUGGAUGUGUGGCGGGGGCGGAGCCACUAACUUUGGCAUGGCCAUUCUGUGGCUCAUCCUGUUCACCCCCUGCUCCUACGUGUGCUGGUUCAGACCCAUCUACAAGGCCUUCAAGUAAGUACACCCUUCUUCUGACACCUGGGGUGCGUUCAGUUCGGUUCAACGUUUGCCAAAGUUUGGUCGUUCAGUAACAGUACCGAUUCCAUUGAAAUAAACAUUGAACGCCGUUCUGUCUUACUCAUCGCACGCACCCCACGUUACGUUAUACUGUUAUGGAUGAGGCAGAGAGACGUGAGUCAAGUUAACACACGGUACAUGUUUUAAUGAGAAGAUGAUGGAUUCCACUUCUGACACCAUGUGUUACGUUAUCAUGAGGCAGAGAGGACGUCAGUCAAGUUACAAUAAACCAUUUCUACAGUAGGUUAGAUCCUGGAUUUCUGACUAGAUUUACUUCUCUUCCCCCCUGUAGGACUGACAGCUCGUUCAACUUCAUGGCGUUCUUCUUCGUGUUCAUGGCCCAGGUGGUGAUCAGCAUUAUCCAGUGUAUAGGGAUCCCAGGCUGGGGGGUCUGGUAAGGAUGGAGCCUGUUUCAGUCUGAUGAAGGCCACCGACGGCCAAAACGUCAUGUUUUUAAACUUGAAAUAGCCUACUAAAAACGUUUUAAGUUGUUGGCGAGAGUCGUGCCUAAUGGCUGUAAAAUGAUGGGCCUCUCUCCUCUCUGAGUCUGGUUCCUCUUUAGGCUUCUUCCUUCUAGGGAGCUUUUCCUUGCCAAUGUCGGUGCUCUUUAAUGGGGUCUAGGCCGGGUUACUGUUAACCACUUUGUGACAACAGUUGAUGUAAAAAGGGCUAUACUAUUUGAUUGGUCGCUUGAUUGAUUGACCUGAUUGUCGGCCAUUGGCCUACUGUUUAUAGUGUUAGGGAACCCUGCCUUAGAACAGUCCUCCACUUGUUGUGGUUUUUUUCUUGUUCCUCUUCCUUCCUCCAGCGGCUGGCUGGCGACCAUCACCUUCUUUAGCACCAAUAUAGGCUCUGCUGUAGUCAUGCUGAUCCCCACCAUCAUGUUCACUGCCAUGGCUGUCCUCUCCUUCACCGGGCUCACUAAGGUACUAUAUACACUUUACACUUCAGCACUACCCUAGCACUUUACACGUCAGCACUACCCUAGCACUUUACACUUCAGCACUACCCUAGCACUUUACACUUCAGCACUACCCUAGCACUUUACACUUCAGCACUACCCUAGCACUUUACACUUCAGCACUACCCUAGCACUUUACACUUCAGCACUACCCUAGCACUUUACACUUCAGCACUACCCUAGCACUUUACACUUCAGCACUACCCUAGCACUUUACACUUCAGCACUACCCUAGCACUUUACACUUCAGCACUACCCUAGCACUUUACACUUCAGCACUACCCUAGCACUUUACACUUCAGCACUACCCUAGCACUUUACACUUCAGCACUACCCUAGCACUUUACACUUCAGCACUACCCUAGCACUUUACACUUCAGCACUACCCUAGCACUUUACACUUCAGUACUACCCUAGCACUUUACACUUCAGUACUACCCUAGCACUUUACACUUCAGCACUACCCUAGCACUUUACACUUCAGCACUACCCUAGCACUUUACACUUCAGCACUACCCUAGCACUUUACACUUCAGCACUACCCUAGCACUUUACACUUCAGCACUACCCUAGCACUUUACACUUCAGCACUACCCUAGCACUUUACACUUCAGUACUACCCUAGCACAUUACACUUCAGCACUACCCUAGCACUUACACUUCAGCACUACCCUAGCACUUUACACUCAGCACUACCCUAGCACUUUACACUUCAGCACUACCCUAGCACUUUACACUUCAGCACUACCCUAGCACUUUACACUUCAGCACUACCCUAGCACUUUACACUUCAGCACUACCCUAGCACUUUACACUUCAGCACUACCCUAGCACUUUACACUUCAGCACUACCCUAGCACUUUACACUUCAGCACUACCCUAGCACUUUACACUUCAGCACUACCCUAGCACUUUACACUUCAGCACUACCCUAGCACUUUACACUUCAGCACUACCCUAGCACUUUACACUUCAGCACUACCCUAGCACUUUACACUUCAGCACUACCCUAGCACUUUACACUUCAGCACUACCCUAGCACUUUACACUUCAGCACUACCCUAGCACUUUACACUUCAGCACUACCCUAGCACUUUACACUUCAGCACUACCCUAGCACUUUACACUUCAGCACUACCCUAGCACUUUACACUUCAGCACUACCCUAGCACUUUACACUUCAGCACUACCCUAGCACUUUACACUUCAGCACUACCCUAGCACUUUACACUUCAGCACUACCCUAGCACUUUACACUUCAGCACUACCCUAGCACUUUACACUUCAGCACUACCCUAGCACUUUACACUUCAGCACUACCCUAGCACUUUACACUUCAGCACUACCCUAGCACUUUACACUUCAGCACUACCCUAGCACUUUACACUUCAUCACUACCCUAGCACUUUUCUCACUCUGACUACAGUCUAUGUGAAAUGUGUGGUUCAUGUUACUGUAUGUCAGGGUUCCCCAACUGGCGGCCUACGGGGCCUUAUUUGGCCCAGGUGAUUUUAUUGGCUCCUCAAGUUUUCUGAGCCAAAAAACUAAAAAAAUAUAUAUUUUUGUUGUUGAACAUAAAAGACUGUAAAAACACCAGCAAAUCAUAAUAGAGAUAUAUACUGUAUGUGAUUUGUAUACACAUGUAAGUAAUGAUUUAUGUUUUAGUCAAAUAUUAUAUCUGUUUUGGGCUUCUUGUGGUCAAUUUGCAGUCUACUAAUUAUUUGUAAUUAUGUUCUGGCCCCCCGACCAUGCGCUCAAGAAAAAAAAUCUGCAAGUCUAUGACCUGCCUGAUGGGUUGCUAUAGUAACAGGAAAUCAGAUCUUAUUUAGAGCAAAGACAGUAUUUAUUUCUUGCGACCUUAGUUUGACUUGGCUGUAAUAUAACUCACAAUAUCUCAGGGACUGGCGGUUAAAAAUAAUCCCUUUUGCGAACUCAGGCACAUUUACCCUUCAUUUAUGUUUGAACACUGAAAUGUUAAUUAAUGUCCCAGUUUAAAAUAUAUAUAUCUCUGACUCGUGCAGGUCCACACCAGAGUCGAUGGGCACGUUGAAAAAAUCAUUGUUUUGGCCUGGUCUGGCUUUUUAGCAGUAAUAUGAAUCUCUAACACCAUCUCAAUCUCUCCCUGACUCACUCCAGGUCCACAACAUGUACCGUGGCACUGGGGCAGUAUUAUAUACAGUCUGGUCCAAAAGUCUUGGCAUUAUAUGGUCAUUAUAUGGUAAAAGUAUAUGACAAUAGAGGUCUUUGGCCAUGCACACCAGUGGUGGGGAAGAAAAUAAACAAAGAAAUGGUUAAUUGACCACAAAUUCAACAUUUUGCAAUGGCCAUCUCAGUCUCCAGCCUUGAUCGAACCCCAUUGAAAACCUGUGGUUUGAAUUGAAGAGGGCAGUCCAUAUGAGCAGACGAAGGGUAUUAAGGAUCUGGAAGGAUUCUGUAUGGCGGAACGGUCUAAGAUCCCUACCAAUGUGUUCUCCAAUCUCAUAAAACAUUUUAGAAAAAGGCUGUGUCGUUAUCCUAGCAAGGGGAGGGUUCUGGAGUAUUGAAAACAGGGUUGGCAAUCAUUUUUAGGAGAGCAAAGACAGUAUUAAUUCUCAAGACCUCUGUAUGACUUGCAGUAAUAUAACUCACACGCCAUCUCUCCCUGACAACAUGUACCGUGGCACCGGGACAGUAUUCUGCAUGUCUCUCUCACACACUAACUACAGUAAUAUAACUCACUCUAACACCGUCUCCCUGACUCUCUCCAGGUGCACAACAUGUACCGUGGCACUGGGGGCAGUAUGAGUAAAGCCCAGGAGGAGUGGACCACCGGGGCCUGGAAGAACCCUCACGUCCAGCAGGCAGCGCAGCAGGCCGCUGUAGGGGUGGCGCAGGGAGCCAUGCAGCAGCAGCAACAACAGCCCCAGUACUCACAGGCACCCACCUACAACUACGACGACCCGGGC